AUCACUGCUUGUCCAAAUCCUCCAACACUUGCUCCAGCUGGAUCCAUAGACAAUCCUUCGGACUGUAUCUGGCUUUUCCCGACUUUGAAAUCCUGUGUCUAUCUUCCUGAAGACAAGAUGGCAUCUUUCAUUUCAGAUUUUGGCCUUCUAUGGUAUUUGAGAGAACUAAAUAAGAAGGAAUUCAUGAAGUUUAAGGACUUUCUCAUACAGGAGAUUCUGGAAUUGAAACUGAAACAGGUAUCUUCAACCAAAGUGAAGAAAGCAUCUCGGGAAGAUCUUGCCAACUUACUUCUGAAAUGUGGGGAGAGUCAAGCCUGGGAUAUGACCUUCAAAAUCCUCCAGAAGAUCAAUAGGAAAGAUCUCACUGAGAGGGCAACAGGAGCGAUUGCUGGAAACCCAACGUUAUAUCGAGAUCAUUUGAAGAAAAAACUGACCCAUGAUUGCCCCAAAAAAUUUAACGUCCGUAUUCAAGAUUUCAUUAAAGAGACUUUCAUUCAAAAUGACUAUGACACUUUUGAGAACCUUCUCAUCUCAAAGGGAACUGAAGGGAAGCCACACAUGGUGUUCCUGAAAGGCAUGGCUGGAGUUGGCAAGACACUGAUGUUGAAAAAUUUAAUGCUGGCCUGGUCAAAAGGCCUGGUGUUUCAAAACAAAUUCUCUUACGUUUUCUACUUCUGCUGUCAAGAUGUGAAGAAGAUGAAGAGAGCAAGCCUGGCAGAAUUGAUCUCCAAAGAGUGGCCCAACGCCUCAGCUCCCAUAGAGGAGAUCCUAUCCCAACCCGAGAAACUCUUAUUUAUCAUUGACAGCUUGGAAGGGAUGGAAUGGGAUUUAACCAAACAGGAAUCAGAGCUGUGUGAUAACUGCAUGGAGAAGCAGCCAGUGAGUACACUGCUGAGCAGUUUGCUCACGAGGAAGAUGCUCCCUGAAUCCUCUUUCCUCCUCUCCACUACCCCAGAGACUUUUGAGAAAAUGGAGGACAGGAUUCAGUGCACAGAUGUGAAAACAGCAACUGCAUUCGAUGAGAAAAGUAUAAAGAUAUAUUUCCACAAAUUGUUCCAAGAUAGGAAGAGAGCCCAGGAGGCCUUCAGUUUGGUGAGAGAAAACAAGCAGCUGUUCACUAUAUGUCAGGCCCCUCUGCUCUGCUGGAUGGUGGCUACUUGUCUAAAAGAGGAGAUAGAGAAGGGAGGAGACCCAGUCUCCCUCUGCCGACGUACCACCUCCCUAUAUACCACUCACAUCUUUAAUUUGUUCAUUCCCCAAAGUGCCCAGUAUCCAAGUAAGAAAAGUCAAGACCAGCUGCAGGGCUUAUGUUCUCUAGCUGCUGAGGGCAUGUGGACUGACACAUUUGUGUUUGGCAAGGAGGCUCUCAGGAGAAAUGGGAUCUUUGACUCUGACAUCCCCACACUUUUGGACAUUGGAAUGCUUGGAAAGAUCAGAGAAUUUGAGAAUUCUUUCAUAUUCCUCCACCCAUCUGUUCAGGAGGUCUGUGCUGCCAUCUUUUAUAUGCUGAAGAGGCAUGUGGACCACCCUAGCCAGGACGUUAAAAAUAUAGAGACAGUUUUGUUUAUGUUUUUAAAGAAAGUAAAAACACAGUGGAUUUUUUUGGGCUGUUUCAUCUUUGGUCUUUUACAGAAAUCAGAACAAGAAAAGCUAGGGGAAUUUUUUGGCCACCGGUUGUCCAAGAACAUACACCAUAAGUUAUAUCAGUGCCUGAAAACCUUAAGUGGCAAUGCAGAGCUUCAAGAACAAAUAGAUGGCAUGAAAUUGUUUUCCUGUCUGUUUGAGAUGGAAGAUGAAGCCUUCCUAGUAAAAGCAAUGAAUUGUAUGCAACAGAUUAACUUUGUGGCUAAGAAUUAUUCUGAUUUUAUUGUUGCUGCUUAUUGCUUGAAACACUGUUCUACACUGAAGAAACUAUCCUUUUCAACUGAAAAUGUCCUGAAUGAAGGAGACCAGAGUUAUAUGGACGAGCUACUUAUCUGUUGGAAUAAUAUGUGCUCUGUGUUUGUAAGGAGUAAAGACAUCCAGGAACUCCGAAUAAAAGACACUAAUUUCAAUGAAAGAGCCUUUUUGGUCUUGUAUAGUCAUCUGAAGUACUCCAGCUGCAUCCUUAAAGUACUUGAGGCAAAUAAUGUGUCCUUUGGUGAUAACCACGUGCUCUUUGAGUUGAUUCAGAACUCCAGUUUGCAAUACUUGGACCUCAGCUGCUCAUUUCUGUCCCACAAUGAGGUGAAACUUUUGUGUGAUGUCUUGANCCAGGCAGAGUGCAACAUAGAAAAACUUAUGAUAGCACACUGUAAACUUUCACCCGAUGACUGCAAGAUCUUUGGCUCCAUCCUGAUGAGCAGCAAGUCAUUGAAGGUUCUUAAUUUGGCAUCCAACAAUUUGAACCAAGGAAUAUCCUCACUGUGCAAGGCUUUGUGCCACCCACACUGUACUCUGGAGUACUUAGUGCUGGCCAACUGUUCCCUCAGUGAGCAAUGCUGGGGCUACCUUUCUGACGUUCUUAUGCAGAACAAAACUCUGAGCCAUCUAGACAUCAGCUCCAAUGACCUGAAGGAUGAAGGACUGAAGAUUCUCUGUAGGUCUCUGACUCUCCCACACUGUGUCCUGAAUUCACUAUGUUUGAGCUGUUGUGGAAUCACUGAAAAGGGCUGCCAGGACCUGGCUGAAGUCCUGAAGAACAACCAGAACCUGAAGUACCUACAUGUUUCGUACAAUAAGCUAAAAGACACUGGUGUGAUGCUGCUGUGUGAUGCUAUAAAACAUCCUAACUGCCACUUAAAGGAUCUACGGUUGGAAGCCUGUGAAAUAACUGAUGCCAGUAAUGAGGAGCUUUGUUAUGCUUUUACGCAGUGUGAGACCCUGCAGACGCUCAACCUCAUGGGGAAUGCCUUUGAAGUCAGUAGGAUGGUUUUCUUUCCCAGGUUCUGAAACAGCGAAAGUGUUCCUUCCAUUCAUGUACUUGGACUGUGGAUUACUGACUUUGAUAAUGAAUUCCAGGCGUUUCUGCUUUCUGUGAAAAAGAAAAAUCACUUCUUGACCAUCAGAAGCAGUGUGGAAGCAGACGGAGAAAAGAAGGGUGGAGAUUCUGAUGCAAGAACCACGGGCGAGCUGUCCAAUGAGAUAUGAUUUCUUUAUACCUUAUUUAGAUGUGUUUUGUAAGACAGAUGUGGUUUUUUGUUUGCCCUACAGUUUCAGAGAGGCCAUUCAAAGAUAUUCAUGCUAAAAUGACUACAUUAUAGUGACUUUUUUUCCCAUACAAGUUUCUUAACACUCAAUACAAUGUUAAGUAUCUUUAAUGCUUUAGGAUCUCUUAAAAAGAGUUUUGCCUUUUGUUGGAUUAUUUAUUGGAGCUAAAGUGUAGGUCCAGGCUAAUGUUACCCAAAAAGUUUUUGGGGAAAUUUUAUUUGGCUAUGCAUGAGAAGCCGUCAGCAGAGGGGUAUAGACUGGAUACUCAGAUAAUGGAAAUUGCUGCUGUUUUGUGUUUUAUAUUAAAGAAUAGUAGUCAUUUCCCAAGUC